AUGGACGAAGCAGCCUCGAGUUUCCGCGAACAGUGGGUGAAUCCAUCCGAUUUAUUCUCCAUCCUGUUAAUUAUCGGCGGGGAUGUCAUUCGCCUCGCUUUGGCAGCCGUAACCGGCGGCCAUAUUGCUCCCGUCACCUUUUCCUUUGGAUGGGUGUCAUAUGCUAUUUCAGCGUUACUCACUGUCCUAAGUGAGGAUCGACUGAUGCCUCCGUGCCCGGACUCUUCGCUCCGGGUAAUCAAUCUAGGGUCGGGGUAUACACGGUUCAACCGGUCCUGGACUUUAGGGCGGGUGUUUCAAAAUUACGAAUUUUGGAUGCCUGUAGAAGUCAAAGAAAGACUGCAAAGCCACCCGGUCUUAUAUAAGGACGAGGAAGCUUGCGUCGCGGACACAGAUAUGCCAAAGAAGGCCACGGCAACGACAGAAAUACCCUUCAAUUCUCGCAAAUUCGUGAGCCCCCACCAGGCGCGCCUUUGUGUUGGUGUUUACGAGUGGGCACUGAAUGGAAACCAUCGUGUGGCAAAACCUCAUGCCGAUUGGGUUUAUUGGCUGGGAAUUGCCGUGACAGUGGUUCAGCUCGGCGUCAGUGCGAUACCGUUUGGCCUGUACCGAGACUGGAGCAUCUUUUUGGUUACGGUGGCCGGUACAAUUCUGGCAUACGCAUCUGGCGCGCUGCCGCAAUGGCGGAAAGAGAAAUGGGCAUGUCGAACCUUGGAAAAGCGCAAAGACAUUGCGUUGACACUUGGCAAUGGCACGCAGCAUGUGAUUGUCGUGCUAGGAGCGAACGGUGGAUUGGAUUUGGAAGACAUGGCUGGGGGUCAGUUGUCCCACGAUGAGAAUGAAGGGUGGACUCGUAGAGGUCGACUGAUGCAAUUGAUGAGUCCCGGCAAUACUACACGCCUGAUGACGUUCCUGCUAGCGGUGCUUUGGCUUCUACUUCUCCUCAGCAGCACGGGAAUCAAACAGCAUUCAUGGUAUCUACUUGCCGUGGGAGGGAUUGGCAUGUUGCAAAAUCUCAUCACAGCUGGGGCGCCACGUAAACCGGCAAUGUUAGGGGUACCGCUUCAACUGGCCAUGCGUUUGGAUACGAGAAACGAGGCAAACGCGACGCCAAUGGUUUUCGCCGAAUUCAAGGUCAUGCAUACCCUGAUGAAGCUCGAGUUAGAAAUAAAGGGGGCUGGGCGAGCUCUACUACCAGAGUAUUUCCCUGGGGGUGGUUCCCUCCAGUCGUGGGAAGAAGAAUGGUGGUCCAGCGAUAAGCCGGAGACCCGACGAAAGUUACUUCAGACCGCGCAAGGGAAAGAAUUUGAUAAACAGAUGCGCAGCACGCAGUCUCACUGA